AUGAAAGUCGUUUUACUGCAUCGUUUAGAAGUAGAUGAGUGUGUUGCUUACUUGCAUUAUCAAAACAAAAAGAAAUUUCAGGCAAAGGGAUUACCUGAACUUGAAUUAACACCUCCGCUUACGAUGUGCCUUACUGACAUUGAAGUUGAAGGAUACGGUAAUGGUGAAUUAGAUCUUCCUGAUCUAUGGGACACUUUUACAACUGAUGCAUUCUCUCAAAAUGUGCUUGCUGUGAUAGAGAGCAGUCAAAGAAAAGGCGAGGAAUGUACUAUUGUAAGCAGACUUUUAAGACAGAAAUUGUCGAAUUAUUUCCAUCCAUCAUUUAAUGUGUCAAAUCUUUCUUUAUGA